CUCGAUUAUCUGCUAAAAGGAAAAAGGGAUUGAUUCCCAUCACGUGGGUUCAAUAAGACGGAUGAAACAGCACCUGCGACAAUCAUCCACCGCCCUUACUUGCUAAUAAUAUUAACUCUUCUAUGACCUUGAAACGCCCAUGCGUCUUCCUUCCCCCUGUGCGACAACUAAAAAGAACGAACAAAGCCUCCGACUUGUCUCGAUUACUGGAGACCAUCCCGCUGCACAUAUGCUCCGGUAAUGGGCGCUUACUGAAGCAGCUUUAUGCCUUUACUCGAUCAUACGCUCUCCAUUUCUUUUCUUCCACUGCAUUCGGUUGGUUAUUUACCCCGGGCGCUUUUCUCACACAGCCUCUCCAUGAUGCCUCGUUGAGAUCUGCUGAACCCCUUGACAUUCAUCAUUCGCCCAGAUGUGUCGAUAUAUGUGCGCUUUAAACCACCAGUUCAUAAAACGUUACCAUCUCUUUAUCGCGAAAUCUGAGCUGCAUUAAAUUCACCGACUGUACUUAAUUUCUAUAUCCCACAGCUAAUUAAAACUCCCUUGGUCCCGGCAACCCUGAAAGAACCUUUGCGAUAUGAUGUUGACGUCGACCUCGGAGGGGCAUGUCCAAGCUCCAGCGAUUCACCUCCCCGAUGGCACCGUAAAGCAGUCUACUCUCCUCCGAGCUUCCACUGUCCAUCGAAAUGGACGUGUCAAUCUGGACACAUUCUCGCCAGUCAAUGAAAACGGAAGCUUCGAAUUCGAUCGCGUCUUGAAAACUGGAAAGGUGCUCCGCCGGGUUAAACAUAAACAUGCAUUCAGAGCCUCCUGGAAACAGGCGUACUUUGUUCUCCGCCCGAAUUUGCUAUCAGUUUACAAAGACGAGGAGGCAACAAGGCUGCGAUUAUCCAUUACUUUGUCGGAAGUUACUGCGGUCGCUCCAGUUAAAUCUCCCCGGUCAACCCGCCAGCACGUUUUUGGGAUAUUCUCCCCCUCGAAGAACUAUCGCUUUCAAGCUUCGUCGGAAAAGGAUGCGCAGGAUUGGAUCGAGCGCAUUCGUGCUGAGACUCGCGUGGACGAGGAAGAGGAGGCUUUCUUAGCUCUAUCCAUGAAGGAGAACAACACGGCGACUAGCAAGCAGCGCAUCGAUGACACCACUGAUUUCUCGGAUAUCGAGAACGUGGGAAGGGCCAGCUCGCCUGAAUUUGGACGGGCAGGCUCCCCUGUUCAGUCGUCAGGACGUCUCGCUGCCCACCAGAAUUUCUCAGGACAUGAUAUAACAUCUUAUUCGGAAUGGUCCGAUGGGCCUGCGAGCAACUCCAGUAUUCGCCCCGCAUCAAGGACGUCGACAAACCCUAAUUUAUCUGUGUCUACUCCAAGUGGACAUCCUACCACUGCGCGCGAUACGGGUCGGAUUCAGGAGUCGGGUAAUACUCGGCGUGACCCAGAGAGAGUCAUCUGUAACGGUUAUCUUCAAUGUCUUCGAAUUAAAGGUGGAGUGCGCCAAUGGAAACGGUUAUGGGUUGUCCUCCGCCCAAAGAGUCUUGGAUUUUAUAAAGAUGAACAGGAGUAUUCCGCGGUCAAAAUCCUUUCCAUGGCCCAGGUAUUUGACGCCGCAGAAAUUGACCCCGUAUCUCGUUCAAAACUAUAUUGUCUCCAAGUUAUUGCAGAGGAAAAGUCAUAUCGACUAUGCGCAGAUAACGAAGAAUCGCUUGCAAAAUGGCUAGGCUCCCUGAAGAGCGUUCUGGUCGCUCGCAAAAAACUAGAAUCAGAGACUGCACCAGGAGCUGCUGCUACUACUGCUCCUGCCUAAAUAAUUGUACAACAGCUAAUCUUCCGGGUCUGAUAGUAGCCCGAUUGUCGCUCCCUUCACCUUUUGCUUUUAUAACUUCACACUGUGUCUCUCGUUGGCACCUUCUUGUUGGAAUACUGCAUACCUUAUAUCCCUUCGCCAGCUGUGUUCUCUUUUCUCAUCCAGUGAAUUUCUUUUAUUAUGACAUACAUACCCAAGUCCUUGAUGAUAUAGAUUUCUUUGUCUUCUUUCUUAUUUCUUACUCUUCCCUUCUAAGCACCUUUAUAUUCGCCUUCAUACCUUGAUCUUUGAAUAAUGCUGGUAAUGUUGGUUUCUACCAAUGUUUAAUGAGUUCCCUGUACUAGUUAGUGUUCGAAACAUUGGGUAGUGAGGAAUCACCAGUGUAAUGAAUGGUGGAGGGUAUCCCAAGCCGCAUUUCUGUA